AUGACUACCACCAUGUCUUCUUCAGAAGCUCCAGUUCUUCAUAAUCCUCCAAGUCCUACUGCUAAACGCCCAAAAGGCAUUCUCAAAAACUCCUUCCACCGAUCUCCUCCCUCCCAAGCCCCCAUCACCACAAGCGCACCCCCCAUCACCUCCCCAAAACACGUCGGCAUUCCCCUCUCCACCUCCCCAACCGGCAUCUCCGACAAAGACGUCACACUACAAAACACACUUCAAAACGCCGGACCACGAAGAUCCUCAUCAAGCAGCCAUCCAAUCCGACGACAAUCAUCCGGAUCCGCCCAUCACGAUGACAAUAACAACAUGCGCCUCCAAUGGGACGAAGCCAAUCUCUACUUAACCGAACAGGAAAAAAGCAGCACGAUGAAGAUCAACGAGCCAAAGACUCCAUACGCGAAACAUUAUGAUCCAGCUGAGGAUGAAGAGGAGAUUCGCACGAUUGAUGCGGGGGAAAUAGUAGUGGAUGAAUUAGAUAGGGUGAAAGCGGGACAGAUGAGAAGUCCCCGAUCGAAUCGAGCACGGGAUGAGGAAAUUCCUGGAUUGAGUUUGGGAGAGCCGGAAGAGGCGGUUCCGGAUAGGGAGGUGGUGAUGGGAGAGUCCGAGGAGAAGAAGGUGCAUGUUGCGGGGGAGGGGAGGGAUGUAGAUGCGGAUGGGGAUGAUGGGGAGGGGAUUGGGGGGAUGACACCUGAGGAGAGGGAGAAACAUGAGAGGUUUGAGGAGUUGAGGAGGAAACAUUAUGAUAUGGCUAAUGUGGCGGGACUUUUGGGUCAUCCGGAGGAGAUUGAUGUUGAUGAGGAUGAGGAGAUGAAUGGGAGAUAG